UCUGCCGCACUGGCACUUGCGUUAUCGUGCUCUGAGAGGACUGGGGAUAUAUCCAAUAUUACGCACGUCUUGGAGCGGCUUUUAUUUAUAUUUCACAAAGUUAUAUAAAGUUUUUAAUAGGCUACUGGUAAUCAUUUUUUAACAACACCCUCAAGAAUACACUGGAAACGAAAGAAUUAAGAAGCGCAGACAAGCAACUAACUACAAGCAUGCAUUCGACAAAUAAGCUGACCUUUUGGAGCAGAGAAGAGUAAAAGCUUUCUUCAGAACCUCCUGUCCUAACCAGUUGUGAAUGUCAGUUGCACUGUACGCGUGGUCCAAACAUCCAGUGCCAAGUCGGCUACUGGACAUCGCUAAAAUCAUGCAGUAAACUUGCAAGAGACCAUCUCUGUGUUUCCGCGCCAAACUUCACCUGAUGUUGCUGCGUAGGUUGUUUGUGAUGGCAACUAUAGGAGAAGUCGGAGCGCUUUUACAAACAAUAGAUGCUUUUGGUCAUGUUGGGUCACACUUUCACGUAACGUCUAUUGGAGACAGCAUUGGUCCGUUGAACGACCACUCCAUGCCCGCGGAGAGACUCUCGCGCAGCACCUCGGCGGAUUUAAUCCAUUUAAAAGGAAUUCAUCGCAGACGGCAGUUGUACUGCAGAACUGGAUUUAACCUUGAAAUUCUCCCAGAUGGCACCGUGCAAGGCACACGAAAAGAUCACAGUCGAUUUGGUAUUUUGGAAUUCAUCAGCCUUGCAGUUGGAUUAAUAAGCAUCAAAGGAGUUAACAGUGGACUCUAUCUCGGGAUGAAUAACAAAGGAGAACUUUAUGGCUCUGACAAACUCACAAAGGAGUGUAUCUUCAAGGAAGCCUUUGAGGAGAACUGGUACAAUACAUACGCCUCCAACGAAUACAGGCACAAUGGAGAGAAGGGGGCAGCCUACUUUGUGGCACUGAACAAGGAUGGGACACCUCGAGAUGGGACAAAGUCAAGGCGACACCAAAAGUUCACACACUUUCUGCCCAGAUCAGUGGACCCUAAGAAAGUGCCUGUACUUCACAAGGACAAUGUAGGACAAAGCUGAGUUCCACUGCAAGUGUAACUGAUGAGGUGCAGCAUCGCUCUUGGCCCCAUUUCAUCUUUCGGAGACAAGGGCUUGAAGUGAAGCCUCUGGCACAAAAGUGGCUGAGAUAGCUAACAUGAGAGGCCGGAGGCCUCCCGCUGGAAUGCACUGGGCCGCUCUCUGGGGUUACCUGUCUGAGGCUCUCAGCUUGCACGCUGGUAGUCCACUCGGGGCCUUUUUGUCUCGCUAGAUAAAAAUCCCACUCCACCCUAUACGCGCUCUCUGGAGAGCAGUGGCAGAGAACAGGCUGCAGGUGUGGGGAUUGGGAUGCCAUCGCUGAUCUGCAGCGAAGGACUCUCCGGCGUCAGGCAUCCGAUUAGCAGAGCGUCCUGUAAGAGAGAGGCAAUCCCAGCUGCGGGACGGUGUCCAACAUAACAUAAGGAUUGAGUGCCACAAUGCAUUGCUGGAGAGACGUUGUGUAGAGGACUGUGAAGGUACCUGCUUCUUGAAGACUUCUUAAAGUAUAGAGGCUGGGUUGUGAAUUGACAUGUUAGUGUGCUUUAUUUAUGCAUUUGUUUUCAGUACAUGUAUUUAUUUGAAAUAUUUAUUUAUUGAAGAAUAUAUAUUUUUACACAUAACUUCACAGUUAGAGCAAACAAUUAGGAAUUGUAUCAAAAUAGUGUCUCAAACAAUUCUUUUCAUCUGACCAAAGAAAAUAUUUUGCUCAUGGUCUUAUAAUACUGUAUUGUUUAGAGUAAGUCACAUUGUGAUUUUCUUUGAUUGAUCUGAAUAAUAUCUCUCGCUGCUAUGAUUUCCACCAUUUGUCUUGCUGGCGCUCCAAAAAUG